AUGUUGAACGUUGUAAUUACUAGAGUAUACCAUGAGCAAAGGUUAGAGUUAGAAGGACACUUCCAUAAAUGCGUCGUAAUUAUGGAACCAGAUAGCUCACCAGCAAAUGAACACCUGAAAAACAAUAAUGCACACGACAUACUGAGGAAAGUUCCCCUAUACAACAAGUUUGGCCCUGAUUUUCCCCGAGAGAAAUUGUCUAGAGUUAGGGUGCCCGAAUUCAGAUUAGAACCAUUACAAUCAAGCGAAGAAAUGUUUCAAUCAUGGCACAAGGAAUGUGAUAACUUGACGAGGAGCUGCCAAUUUCAUGAUAAAGGUUCUCAGAUGUUUGAUAAAUGGUAUUUUGAUACCUAUUUGAAGAAUAAACCACCGGGGAUGAUUGAAAAAAAUGUAUUAUCGCCUUCUAAACGUAUUUGA